UACAAUGUCGGUUGAGCAGGUCUUUCUUACAUGGUUGUAAAGUUUUCACUGGUCAGCUAAAUGAAUGUUUAAUUCGCUCCUGCGUGAAAAAUGGCCAGUACGCUCGUCCGAGAGAUCAUUAAUAUUGAAUUUCUUUUGUUGCGAGAAAAAAAAAUUGCUAAGGGACGCGAAGUCCUCGUUGUGGAACAAGCCAGGGAAAAUAUAGCUGAUUUCAAAUGACGUGAUUAGGGAAAUCAGAGGAAAAGAAGCGUUCCAAAAUAUUGGAUUUUGUUAGAUCGAAAUUUGUGUUUUUGUGAGCAGGGAAGAUAAAGGUGUUACACAACGAAGAAAGCACUGAGUAGAAGAUAAUGGGCCUUGUUCGGGUCCUUCUACUCUGCACAAUUCUGCCGUGGAUGGCUAGAACAAAAGAGUUACACCACGUAGGAUGUUUUCAAGAUGGCGUUCCUCGGGAUCUCCCGCAACGGGUCCAUGCGCGGGAAUUAAACGCUGAAACUUGCGUCCAAAAGUGCAAGGAUUUAGAAUUUAAAUACGCUGGACUACAAUUUUCUUAUCUUUGUUUUUGUGGAAACCAUUAUGGAAGAUACGGAGAACUUCCACAAGACAUGUGCUCCAGUAAAUGUACAAGCAAAAGAGAUUCAUUUUGUGGUGGCCAUUGGAGUAACUCAAUUUAUAAGACAGGAUACAACCCUGAAUCAAAUCAUGGGAAGAGCAAAUCCCACAAACAUGUCAAGCGAGAUGAAGUGGUUUUGUUUGACAAUGUCAAAGAGUACAGUCACAAGCCAGAGGAUCGAACAGUCACAAUAGACGUUAAUCCAGCAGAGUACUCGUACAUUCCGCAUCCACAGAAAGAAGAAAAUAAAAGGACAGAAAGAUCAGCCGCCUACGACACGAACUCUUAUUAUACCUAUUCCGUGAGCGACAAUCGCUACGGGUCAAAUCCCGAGAACACGAGUACCAGCCUAGCUUACGGGACAGAUAACUUAGGGUCCAACGGACAAGAGCAACUAGCAACAGCUUAUGGUCAGGAUUAUAAUGACAAAACAAGCGCUGAUGCAAGUAGUUAUUAUUAUAACACACGGCAAUCAGCUGAUAAUAAUGCAUCUACGAACAGUACAGCUUACACGCCAUAUUAUUCACCCCAGCAAGAUAAUGCAUCGAUUUCGUAUAACACCACUGAUGUGUCUACAUCGGCAGAAAACCCAUCUCAGUAUGGAGCGCAAUAUACAGUCAAUGCUUAUUCGGAUGUUAACAAUGUGUUAAACGAAAACGCUUAUUCUACGCAACAAGAUGCACAGAAUCAAACGCAUUUGUAUAAUGCUUCAUCUAACUACAGCAUAUCGCAAUGGGAUAACACGAGAAACUCGUCAAGCUUUCUAUCAAAUGACACACAGCUUUCUGACCAGCAGUCAGCGGGAUACACGUACACAGAGCAGGCGCUGGCGCCAGCUCAGACGCCUUCUUCAGCGCCGGCACCGUAUCCAGCUUAUGCACCUUAUCCGGCACCUUAUCCUACACCUUACCCGGCACCCUAUCCGUCACCGUACCCGGCACCAGCUUAUGCACCAUAUCCUGCUCCUUAUCCAGCCUAUGCACCAUAUCCGUAUCCAUCUCCUGCACCCUAUUCGUCUUACCCGGCCCCUUCUCCCGCACCUGCUGAGGAGAAAAACGAAAACAAAACAUCAUGUCAACUAGAGCGUCAGAUGGCAAAGACGAUGGAUGAUGCAUUUGUUCCUGAAUGCAAACAAGAUGGCAGCUACUCGGAUAUGCAGUGCUUUGAGCAUGAAGGAUUCGCUAAGCAGUGUUGGUGUGUGACCGGUGACGGCCAGGAAAUAAAAGGAACCCGGAUGUCAGAUGGACAGACACCCAACUGCACUACUGCUGUCAGAAAUGAGGAGAAACAUCACGAUGAAGGGCAGGAGCCCAUCACAAAAGAACCUGGGACACCGUUGAAACCACAACAUCAUGAUGAGCCAGUUCAACCACAACAAGAAUCACCACCUCAAAAACCGAAAACGAUGGAAGUUGAAAUACAAAUAAUACGAAACGGCACUAAAACAGGAAAUUCAAAAACCCAGUGUCAGAAAGAAAGAGACAUCGCUCUUUCUCCAUUCAUCACUGAUAUCUUUGUGCCUUUGUGCGACGCGGAAGGAAUGUUUGUUCCUCUUCAGUGUUUUGAGCACGAUGUUUACGGUAAACAAUGCUGGUGUGUGGAUUCGUCGGGACAGGAAAUCAAAGGAACGAGACUAGACAAUGGUACCGCCCCAGAAUGUGGUUUAGUUCACGCAAACGCUACAAAUGUACCGAGCUGUAAUCUGGGUCCUUAUGGCUGUUGCCAUGACAAUGUGACUUUCGCUAAAGGCCCGGAUAUGGAAGGCUGUCCACCACAGAAGUACCAGCACGCACUACCUGUAGCUUCCGCAGUAAAGCCACAGGAGCUUUCUCAAUGCCAAAAGGAUAAGGAGAAAGCAAAAAGUUCCGGCGCGGCUGAUAUAUUUGUACCCGAGUGCGAAAAAUCUGGGCUCUAUAAAGAGGUUCAGUGCUACAGUUACCCAGCCAGUGGAAAAACGGACUGCUGGUGUGUGAAUCAAACCAACGGCAGCGAGGUACCUGGGACGAGGGUCAAUAGACUGACGCCAAUUUGCAGAGCAAAUGCCACAAGCGCGCCACCUCAAACCACUCCAACCUCUCCCUCGUCAUCAUCGACACCUGCAGCUACCACGCAACCUACCCCACCCACCCCACCAAACUGUCAAGUUACCUUGUAUGGGUGUUGCCCUGACAACCAAACAGCAGCGACGGGAGCAAACCAACAAGGAUGUUCACAACAACAGCAACUGCAACCCCAACCUAAGCCGCAGCCGCAACCGAAGCCGAAACCUCAGCCGCAGCCGCAACCUCCAUCUCAACCUCAACCUCAACCUCAACCUCAUCCUAAACCUCAGCCGCAGCCGCAAGCGCAGCCGCAACCGCAACCGCAACCGCAACCACAGCCUGAACUGAAGUAA